AUGCCUCCGAUAUCCUCUCAGCGUCGAGCCGUGACCGAAGAGAUCUCACCGCUUUCAGACGAUGAUGUCGGCUUUCUCUACCAAGUUAUCGCUGCCGCCGAGACAAAACCCGAAGCGGAUCGACUCCCUUUCCGGGCGCUCUUUGAAGCAUACGACGAAGUCGUUGGCGAACAUGGCGUCAACGCGGACCCAGGCCAUGCAUGCCUGCGCUUCCUAUUUAAGAUGGGAAGCAAAGGUGUACGCGGCGAGACUCUUUUCGACAAAUUCGAAAAUGCGCUCCAGCAGAUGGGAAUCGUAAUUGAAAUCGGCGAUGACGGCUCUACGAACCUUAAUGAGACACAUGACUAUGAUCAAUAUACAGUGGAUGUUACCCACAGCCAAGCGGUUGACCAUGACCAUGAUCAUGGGCAUUCACCACUUGCGAAUGGGGUACCACCGACACCCAAACGGCGCGCAUCGUUCAACACUACGUACGACAUUGGCGAGGAUGCUACACAGAGAAGUGCAAUCAAUCGCCCUAGCUCUCGAUCAUCAAUGUCGCGACUUGAAAUUGGCAAGCCCGAGUUUUCUAAACCAAAACUGUCACCUACCUCGAGGCAUGAUUCUGGGCCUAUCAAAUCGCCAGAUCGGACACAAUUAAUCAGCCAAUUUUUGGAUGUCGGUCGGCGAUUGCUUAACAGGUUUGAUGGAACAGAAAACAAGCACGGAGUAACGGAAGAACCCCCUUUGACUAAUGGAGUAGUUGCGAGAUCAGCCGUUGCUCGUGAUCGUUCGAGGAGAAUGGCCGAAUCAUCACGUCCCCGUCGCUCACCCUCGUACGAUUCAGAUACCUCUGAGUCCGAAGAUAUGCAAUCAAUCAUGUCGCAGAGCCCAGAACACGAUUCUUUUGACAAAGAAGAGGUACCGCCAGAGUUCAUUUAUCGCCCGCAACUUUCGGAUCUACUUCGGGAUGCUUCGACGUUCAACAUGUACCGACAGCGAUCGAUUUGCCGUCGAAUUUUGACACAAUGGCUGAAAAAAGCCUUUCAGGCGCGACAGACCCGCCAAACAAGGGAAACACUUGCUGUCAAUUACGAUCGAGGCCUUCUUCUCCGGCAAGCGUUUGAUCCAUGGCGAGGGGUCAUUCAAGAAAAACGCCACUCGGCUCGAACAGAUCGGUUCUUCAAACACCUUGAAGCGCGUGCCUGUCGCGCACGGGAUUUAUAUCUGAUGACAAAAGCGUUCAGUCACUGGGCCCAACUCACGUCGGAAGAAGUAGCUCGGACCUCUGCUGCCCGGAGACAUGUACUUGGCGUCAAAUAUUUCAAUGCCUGGCGCGAGAUCACUGCCGUCAAUGAGUUGAAGGCUCAGCGUUUUGCGCUACGGAGGCCUUUCAAUGCAUGGCGGAAGAAGAUCCAAGACUUGAAGGCAGCAGAGACACAAGCAGUCAGUGUACGCAACACAAAGAUUCAAAAAGCAGCGUUUUGGGACUGGUGGUGGUGCUUCUGUGACCGGCGUGUCCUUGAGGUUUCCGAUUACCGACUCAAAAGACGGUCACUUCUUUCCUGGCUUCGGAACUUGCGAACCAAUCGAGAGCGCGACCAUGAAAUAGACCUGCACAACAAACGGUCAUCUCUGAAGUCGGUACUUCAGAUAUGGUCUCAACAAUCCAAAUCCAUUGCAGUUGCAGAUCAGGAAGUCCAGGCUUCUCGGCGCCAACAUGACCUCAGAGAAACCUUUGAUGAAUGGAGAAUUCAGUCUCGGCUGGCCCCAGCUGCUUCUCGAGUCUCUGAGAUGGUCGAUACUAGGAUUCUACGAAACGCCUUUUCACAAUGGAUUGGAAAGAUCGAAAUAAUCAGACAGGCAGAAGAGGCAGAUCGCCAUCGAAUACAACAAAACGCGUGGAUCUCCUGGAAUGAUACGCUCCGGUGCUUGGCUCUUCGUGCUCGAAUUGACGAGCGGAUCAAAAUGGAGGCGAUGUACAAAUGGAUCUUAAUGGAAAGAUUCGAGCUGAUGCGAAGGAUACGCGAGCAACGCAUCAAGCGAGAAGUAUUUUCUCGAUUUGUGACAAACACCCGGGACACUUACACUCGUUUACUGUUUCAUGCGGAAGCCUAUGAAGCCCAUCAGGCUGAAAACUUGGUUCGAUCUAAAUUUGCUAUUUGGCGUGAUCAAGUGCAACUUCAGCGCGAGCGGGAGUAUGUAGCAUCUGAGUUCUACGCGCCACGGCUUGCAGCUGAGUCUCUCACGAUCUGGCGAUCCAAACAUAAUCAAGUGGUGAAGAUGGAAGGAUGGGCUCAAGAUGCUCGAUUCUAUUUCUUGAUGAAGAAGUUCAUGAAGCAAUGGCAUCAGGCCAAAGUGGACUCUGGCAAACGACGGCGGCAAGAAUCGUAUGCUAAAGUUCGGCGGCAUAUCAAGGUCAAUCUUGCGUCUAAGGCGUUAGCUGCCUGGUCAUCAAAAACUCGUAUCAUCAUGGAGAUGGAACAACAAGCUGGUGAUAUUGAUCGCGAAAAAGUGCUUGCCGACACGUCCGAGAUAUUCGUCCAAUGGCACGGCAAAACAACCAAGAGAAUUCAGGAUUGCCAGGAAGCCGACGAUUCCUAUUUCCGACAACUCGCAUUUGAUCAGAUGAUGCAAAUGUCCGAAACCUUCAUCAUUCGACGUGAGUUAGAAGACCAAGCAGACAAUGUAUACCGAUUGCAUGUUCUACGACUGGCGGCAGCUUCUCUUCGCAAGCUCAGCCUUCGUAUCUUCCAGAUGGGCAGUACCGCCGAGACCGCCGAAGCCAUGCGGGAAAGAAAUCUGAGGAAGCACUCGAGAAACAUGUUCCGCGAUUGGGUGGACAAGGCCCGAAUGAAGCUGGAGGCUCGAGAUUCGGCCGGUCCAACCUUCACUCCUGCACGAAUGUCAACCUUUGGAAAUGGCGAUGGCGCCGGAUCAGCGAUGUUCGACCCCUGGUAUCAAGAGCAGGCAGAAACACCCUUCAAAAUAAGCGACUUCACGGCAACAUCUCAGGCAACCUCCCAGGCAACCUCCCAUGAUCCGAUCUCUGCAAGCCCAUUGGCAACACCCAAUUUCACGACCUCUCCCUCUAAACGGGCCGCCCGGGCGCGAGCCCUCGCCCAAAUGUCCACCACCCCUGCCACACCCUUACGCACACCUUUCGCAAGUCGACUACUUCGGGCUGGGACUUCGACUGCUUUAUCCACCUCUUCAAAACAGCCACGGACUGGUCGGCGAAGCUCAGUGGGAAAUAGCGUCCGGUUUGUGGAUGAAGAACCUCCCGAGUCUCCGACAGAUGGUCGCAGCUCCUUUGCGUUGUUCAAGUCGAGGGUCAUCAGUCAUACCGAGUGGAGCGGAAGCGUAAUCGACUGGGUCUCCAGGUCUCUCUUCCGCCUUGUCCCCUGCCGCAACGAGCGUCAAACUCCCGAACCAACCACCUCUAUGCGAGCGGUACUGCCGGGGAGGCCCCCAGCGAAGCUCCAGGCGUUCAGCACGGCGCUGUGGGAUGGUCUUCGUGUUGUUGCAUACAUCUCCGGCCACGCGCUGGUUAUCCUCGGCGGUCCGCAAACGCUCCUCCAAACGAUCUACGUCGACGAUACAGAUACGCUCGAGGCCGUAGCUUUUGACGAGACAUCUGGCAAGAUUGCAGUUUGCGGCGGCCCUGAUGUGUUCGUGUACCAGCCAUAUGGCAUCCAAGGCGAGACUCUCAAGUGGUCGCUCCUUUAUACAUUCCGCGCCCCCGAUGACGACGAACCGAUCUAUACUUUAUCGUGGGGUUCCUCGAACGAGCUCCUGGUGGGCAACUCCCGCCUCGCCCUUUGGUUUAUGAACGACGAACCACGCCUUGUAUGGAAAAGAAAGCUUGCAACCCCCGUGAAAUUCGCGCAAUUUUCCCCAGAUUCAUCCUUGAUUGUUACAGUAGGGCAUUAUGACCGCUUAGUCAAGGUAUGGAGACGACUUGCCUUUGGCGCAGACGAGGUUCGGUUCGAGAACUCGUAUCUGCCUCAUCCGAAUGUCGUCACCGGGAUACACUGGCGGUUACCUCGGCACCCCGAGCAAUCUAUGGAUAAUGUGCUGUAUACAUUUUGCGCCGAUAACAAGAUUCGAGUAUGGGCUGUCACGGACCUUCAUGCGCUUUCUGCUCUACAGUUCUGGGCAGAAAUAGACAUGGGUGAGUCGGUACAACCUAGACAUGCGUCCGAUGAGGACCAAGGACCGCAACGGCGAUAUGGGUUUAUCUUGGAUAGCCGUGACUUCUGUGUUGCGACUGAGCGUGCUGUUCAGAGGACUACAGGAAACAAGGAAAACCAUGCGCUAGAACACAUAAUCGAGGUUGCAAGCAAGGCUCCGGAGAUCUGUGUUGUCAUUGAUGGCCAGGGCCACAUGUCCGCUUGGGCUUUGGAAGAUAUCGGUUCUAAGGCGAAAACAAAAUUGAGCGUCUUCAAUAUUCUCCAUGUCGAAGGCUUGGACUUGGGAUUUGCAUUGGAUCAGUUACCACAAGAAGACUAUGCUCAGAUUCAUGCAUUCCAGAGUACAACAUCUGACGACAAGCUCAGCGUUCUGGUCCAUCACUUCGACGGUCGGAUCGAGUGGUAUGAUUCCCAUGUGGAUGUUCUAUUUGAUCCUGCACCCCGCACAAAAAGAAUUACUCAAACGGCUUCUUGGUCUGGCCAUACUGCCCCUGUGAAAAAGAUCGUCCGGAAUGCGAUUGGAGAUACACUGGUGUCACGUACCAACGAAAACAAAGCCACUGUAUGGACACAGCGGCGUCGAGACGGGGGAUCGAUCUUAGCACACAAGAGCAUCCUCCUCUCGGAUGAGCAUAUUCAUCGGACAUGUGUGCUGGAGAACAGUGAUCUUCUCGUCAAUCUCCACCACAAUGGGGUCUCCCUAUGGGAUUUCAGCUCAAAUCAAGCCAAGAAAUUGGCUUCUCUGCCAUUCACACUCCCCGGGAAGCCACUAUGUGUGCUGCCAAUCCCCAGCACCCAAGCGACUCCAGGCAUUUCCUAUGUAGCAACGAUAUGGGCAGACAUGCACGGAAUCGCGUGGGAAAUACGAGGCCCAAGUCGGGAAGGCCAUAAAGGGAGCUUUGUAAAUGGCCAUGACUAUCAAUUACGAGAAUUUUGCACUUUUGACAUGGGGCUUAGGGAGGAUGUUGCAUAUAUCCUUCCUGUGGACCCAGCAGGCCCCAAAACAGAAAUAUCGGGGUUCUUCGAUUCUUUUUCUGCCGACAUUGCUCUCACUUACACCCACAGUGGAGUUGUGCGGACAUGGACAGCCACGGUCGAUCCAACGUAUGCGAAGGUCGAUUGGCUACUUCAAUCCACCGUUAAUACAGGCAUCACCAACCCAUCUAUGGCUAGUGGAAGCUCUAUUCGCAAGGCAGCUCUGGUUGACGAGGACCGGACUCACCUCACAAUUUGGGACACCAACAAUGCUCAGCUGGAGUUUGAGGAACAUUUUGCUUCACAUGACAUUAUCCGGGAUUUGGACUGGACAUCAACACCAGACAAACAGUCCAUCUUGGCGGUGGGAUUCCCACACAAGGUUGUCCUCUUAUCUCAGCUGCGCUAUGAUUAUCUAGAUUCCCGGCCUUCGUGGACACAAGUUCGGGAGAUCUGGAUCCGAGAUCUCACACCUCACCCUAUAGGAGACUCUUGCUGGCUAAAUAACGGCCAUUUAGUCAUUGGGGCUGGCAACCAACUGUUCGUUUAUGACAAGGAUAUUGAUGUUGGAGAUCGUCUAGUGUGCGAGCUCCGGAUGCCGUCCCGAGGGCUGUCGUCUGUCGAUAUGUUCGACGUUGUCAGCCGGCUGAAUGGCCCGUUGCCUGUAUUCCAUCCACAGUACUUGGCACAGUGUAUUCUGUCUGGGAAGACUAGCUUGGUACAUUCGAUUCUCUUGAACCUACAUCGCAAGCUGAAGUUCUACACCGAGGGCGACGAGUUAGAUGGUUUCCUAGAGAUGCCGGUAGAAUAUUUCUACAAGCAAGAUGGGUCCCAACAAGCGAUCUCCAAGGAAACGCGCUCUUCCUACGUCGACUCCACUGGUGAAGAAUUGUUGUCUGUCGUAGAUGAGAACACCGCGGCCGCGCUCAAUGAGAGUUUAGCACGGAUCGCCUUGCCGCAGCUGUCUAGCCACGAGCAAUUCCGCUUGGCAGAUACCAUUGAAUGCGUUGCAAUGGUUGAGAAGCAUCGGCGCUCAAUGGACGAUAAUGCAGCACGCUAUCUUUUAUUCUUCCGACAGCAUAUGCUGCGGCGGACUCAAGGAGUCGCCAACAAAGACACUGUCUCAUGGCGAGAGAUCGUUUGGGCUUACCACAGCAGCAGCCAAGAUAUUCUCACAGAUCUUGUCUCCCGGCAAUUCAAUGGAAAAUUGACUUGGAAGGCUGCUCGUGAAAGCGGUCUCUUCAUGUGGCUAUCGGAUCCCGUAGCUGUGAAGGCACAACUCGAAAUCCUUGCCCGAUGUGAAUACACCAAGACGGAAGAGAAAAACCCUAUUGACUGUACUUUGUAUUACCUCGCCCUGGGAAAGAAGAACGUCCUUCAGGGUCUCUGGCGUAUUGCACACUGGAACCGUGAACAGGCAGCAACCCAACGUUUAUUGGCAAAUGAUUUCAAGGAACCACGAUGGAGGACAUCUGCGCUCAAAAAUGCUUAUGCAUUGCUUGGAAAGCGACGAUUUGAAUAUGCUGCAUCUUUCUUCCUUCUCGCCGAUCAUCUACGUGACGCUGCAAACGUCAUCAUAAACCAGAUGGGUGACAUCCAGCUCGCGAUCGCAAUCACUCGAGCCUCAGAAGGGGACAACGGACCGGUUCUUCGGGAGAUACUGGAAGAGAAAGUAUUACCCGAAGCCGCUUCCGAGGGCAACCGCUGGAUGGCCUCUUGGGCUUUCUGGAUGCUUGGACGACGGGAUAUGGCAGUGCGGGCACUGAUUUCCCCGGUCGAGACCCUCCUAUCACCAACAACGACCCCAGCCACCCCGGGAAGUCCGGGGCGGGUAACCCUUCAGUCCAAGUCAUAUCUUUCCAACGACCCUGCCUUGGUAGUCUUAUACCAACAACUCCGCGAAAAGACACUCCAAACCCUGAAAGGGGCCUCCAAAGUGCGACCCAGAGAAGAAUGGGAAUUCAUUAUCCGCAAUGCCCGACUUUACGACCGUAUGGGUUGCGACCUGCUCGCUCUUGAUCUGGUACGCCACUGGGAGUUCCUGGGCGGACUCCCUACUCAGGAUGCAUUGAAGCCUGGUACCUCCCUAGAGAUGGAUGAGAACGGAGUCGAUUACCGAAAACUGCUCCGUCGGCGGAGCAGCCUCGUAGUUGCUGAUAUGCCGGUGCACCGAGCAGAUAUCUUGCAGAAACCUGCCGUUUCUGAAACCACACCCGACGAGCAACCGAUGAAAGAAGAACAAAAACCGAAGCCCAAACCACCACCUACGAUGUUUCAUGAGCCGGAUGCCAAUUCGUUGCUGGACAGCUUUGGGUUCUAG